AUGCAGAUUAUAGUCGUGAAUGAACUGCACUUGAUGGAUUCGCCCAUGAAAAGGCCGAGAACUUUCUCAUUCCUUUGCUGGGUGCCAAACCCUCCUCGUCAUUUGGAUGAUCUCCAGCAAGAGAAGCGGAAGCAGAGAUGCGAGAUCGAGGAGCUGCGUCGUGAGAAAGGUUUGCUGGAGAGUCAGAACGCUUUGAUCAAGAAGGAGAUGCAGGCUUUGAGGACGCAGCUGGAGGAAACGGAAUGGGCGAUGUGCCAAAAGAACGGCGAGAUCUCGUUGCUCAAGUGUCAGCUGAAGGAGUUCCAAGGAGACCAGACAACAAAGGGACACGAAAUGAUCGCUUUAAGGACGCAGUUGAGAGACGCUCAAACGUUCGCGGAAAAGAAGCAAAAGGAGAUCCGGACUUUACAAGACCAGGCCGCAGCGCCGUCGGCAACCCAGCAGUUCUGGGCUCUGAAUUACGACCCUGACCUGGCUUGCAAGAGAACCAGGAGCAAUUGCAUGACGAUGCUGAACCAGCCGAGACGCUGCAAGUACUGCGGGAACCCCGGCAACCCGUCGGUGGCUGCCAGCAGCGUGCCGCCGCCGCCGAGGCCCCACCACGGCGCCUCCAAGACGCUGAUCGUGGCCGAGCCGACCAACUCGACGCCGGGACGCUUCAGCGUCCACAUGGCGCCGCAGCCGCCGACUAAAAUCUCCACUCUCGAGCGGGACAACAAGGCCAAGAUGGAGCGUGAUAUAGCCGAGGUGCGACGAGAGCUGCACGAGGAACGCGAAAACUUCGAGGCCGAGCGAGCCAAUUGGCUGGAGGAAAAGGAGAAAGUCAUCAAGUACCAGAAGCAGCUCCAGAUGAACUACGUGCAAAUGUUCCGACGAACUCGGGCCUUGGAGGAAGAGUUGUCGCGGGAAAAAUCCCCGCCGAAUAAUCAGCAACAGCUGCAGCAACAACAACAACAACAACAAGCAGAACAACAACAACAACAACAACAGACAAGUAAUGGAUUGUUGCAAGUUACCCAAGCUUCCAGACAACGUCGUUCCAGUGGCGCUGCGCCUUCGCCGGCACCCAGAUCU